AUGGCGAAGGAUUCUGUAUCAGAUCCCGCGAUGGAUGUCGUGCCUCGCAGCAGUGGCUCGAGUAACAACGGAAGCGGAAAUGAUUCGAUUUUUAAGACAGUCGGGGAAAGGGCGUCACAUGGCGUACGAGGACUCUUAGGAUAUUUCCGCCUUCUUACUUGCGCCGAACCGAGCAAGGUAGACAUUGCAUUGCUGGUAGUUGGUGCGAUCUCAUCAAUUGCAGCCGGUAUACCGUUCCCGCUUCUCGGAAUCCUGUUUGGACAGCUAUUGGACGACCUUGACUCUGCAACAUGUGCAUCCCAAGAAUCCAUCUCGCCUGCCGAGUACCAGGACUCGGUCAACUCGAAGGUCUUGCUGGUAAUGGCAUGUGCUCUAGCCCAGAUGGCGCUCGUUUACACCUAUAUCGUCUGCUUCAAUCUAUUCGGCGAAAGGCUUGCUCACCGACUACGAGAUCGGUAUUUUCGUUCCCUGCUUCGCCAGGAGGUAUCUUUCUUCGACAAGUUGCCCGCUGGAGAGGUUUCCUCGCGUCUCAGCGCCGAUAUCAAUGUCAUUAAAAGCGGCACAUCAGAGAAAGUCGGAGUAUACAUGGGUUCGCUCGCUAUGUUCAUCACCUCCUAUGUCGUGGCAUUUAUCAAAGAUGCAAGACUUGCUGGUAUCUUGGUCUCCUUGGUCCCUGCAUUCAUGUUGAUGUCUUUGGUCGGUGGCCACUUCGUCGGAAAGUACACCGCCGUGGCAUCGCAGCACGUCGCGGCUGCAUCAUCCAUCGCCCUGGAGAGUUUGUCAAAUGUGAUGGUUGUACAUGCGUUCAGAGCCAACGAUCGGCUAGAAGAGAAGUUUUCCAAGGAACUUGUUGCCGCAAAGACGGGCGGAGCGAAGAAAGCUAUGGUAUCCGCUAUACAAUCUGGAGUACUAUAUUUCAUUGCUUAUGCGGCAAGCGGAUUGGCAUAUUGGCAAGGAAGCAAGAUCAUCGCAGAUGUUGUUGGAGGUAGAGCAGAGGGCGUGACGGUUGGCACGGUAUACACAAUCAUCUUUCUUCUUGUUGACGCCUCCCUUGUGCUUAGCCAAAUAUCGCCUUACCUGCAAAUCUUCGGAUCCGCCACUGCAGCGUUAGAGAAACUUGAGGUAGAUAUGGAGCGCCGGUCUAAAAUUGACGGAACUAUUGCUCUAGUAGGCGACGAUUUCGAAUCAUUCGAGGGCGACAUCAAACUUGAAAACGUGGACUUCACCUACCCAUCUCGACCGGACGUUCCUGUGAUCCAAGGUGUCUCGCUUCAUUUGCCGGCCGGCCAACACACUGCAGUCGUCGGUUUAUCUGGAAGCGGAAAAUCCACAAUUGCUGGUCUACUGACUCGACUAUACGACCCCGAUAAGGGUGUCGUGUACGUGGACGGCCGAAAUAUUUGCGAUGCUAACGUGCGCCAGUUACGGAGUUUCAUUGGCCUUGUUCAGCAAGACCCCCUACUUUUGGAUCGAUCAGUCCUGGAGAACAUUGCUCUUGGCCUUAUAAAUUCAUCGCGUCCGGAGCAUGCGCCUUUGCAAUCAGUCCUUCUAGGUACUCAGUUAUCUUUGAUAGCCGAAUCUGUGCGAGCCGGAAUGGAUAUAAUAGCCGCAGCAGAGCCUCAUGGCGAACAGGCACUUGAAAUCGUAAAAAUGGUUCAACGGGCAGCAGAUCUUGCUGAUGCCGGGGUCUUCCUAGGUCUUUUGGAAUACGGUCUUGGUACAAGCGUCGGUCCUAACGGUGACUUGCUAAGCGGUGGACAGAAGCAACGAGUGGCACUAGCAAGAGCUCUUGUCAAAGACCCAAAGAUUCUUAUCUUAGAUGAAGCAACCUCGUCCCUCGAUUCGGCAAGCGAACAACGCAUCCAGGGGGCUAUCGAAAAGGUUUGUGUGGGCAGGACAGUUGUAUCGAUCGCACAUCGCUUAGCGACCGUAAAGAACGCCGACAACAUCGUCGUUAUGCGCAAUGGAAAGGUUAUGGAGCAAGGCAGUCAUCUUGAUCUGAUCGCAAAAGACGGCGACUACGCUGCUCUCGUCCGGUUGCAGAAUAUGGGUUCGGAAACCUCGAGCGUUAGUACCGCCAGGGGAAGCCUAACAAAGGACGCGAAUCACUCGGAAAUCGACUUGGAAAAGGUAUCGGACACUCUCACGAUCGCCGACGAGAAAACACAGGAGGUAGCCGCGUGCGAGACCGAAAAAGAGACGAAGAAAGAGAAAGAAGAAAAAGCACCUGAAAAAUCGAGGCCAACAUGGGCAACAAUCAAAAGCAUGGCCUCUAUAACUCGGCCUCAUCUAUUCUGGCUGUUUGUCGCGUUGUUCGCGUCUGUAAUUGUCGGCGGAACUUAUUCUUCAGCAGCGCUGAUUUUCGGUCACACGAUUGGUGCCCUCAGCCCUUGCAAUUCUGAAGACUCUAUCAGAGCGGCGGGUAGCUUCUUCGGCCUGAUGUUCUUGGUACUUGCUAUUGCUGAAUUCUUUGCCAAUGGGGUGAGCUGGUCAGCCUUUGGCUGGGUGUCGCAAAAAGUUUUAUACACGAUCAGGGUCCUUUCUUUCCGUUCACUGUUUGAGCAAGACCUUCAAUGGCAUCAAUCCGAGAAUCGUACCCCGUCAUUAUUGUUAUCAUACAUAACGAGCGAUUCGGCUGCUGUUGAAGGCCUGACGGGUUCCAUUAUCGGGUCCAUGUUUUCCAUCUGCAUCAAUUUCCUCGUUGCAGUUAUCCUGACACUUAUCAUCGCCUGGAAAAUUGCCAUCGUCUGUCUUGCGACGGUACCGCUUAUGCUGGGCUCUGGAAUAAUGCAGAUCCGUAUCCUCACUAAGUUUGCGGAGCGACACGAGAAAGCGUUUGCAAAGUCCGUAAGUAUCACCGUUGAGGCUGUUAACUCGAUCAAGACCGUCGCUGCACUAUCUCUAGAGCAUGAAGUCCUCGAGACAUACCGUCGUUCGCUCUCGGCUCCGCGGAAAGAAAUGACGCGUUCGAGUCUGUGGGCCAACCUCUUCCUCGCAAUCGCCUUCAGUCUUUCGAAUCUUAUUUAUGCUUUCAUCUAUUGGUGGGGAGCAAAACAGAUUAUUUCAAGCCACUAUACACAGGUCCAAUUCUUUAUCGUCUUAAUCGCGCUUCUUGUCAGCGCACAACUCUGGGGUCAACUUUUCACACUUGCGCCCGAGAUCACGAAGGCCGGUAGAUCGGUAGGACGGAUCUUCGAUCUGAUCGACUUGGGCUCAUCGAAAACAUCUUCUGUCAAACAUUCUGACUCUCAUGAUCCGGAAGCUGCAGUCGAAUCUAAGAGAGCCGCGGUAUCGAAUGGUCAGGGUCUUGCAGUGAGCUUCAAGCAAGUAAAAUUCUCAUACCCGGCGCGACCGAAUCGACGAAUUUUGAAGGGAUUAGACAUCGACAUUCAACCAGGACAAUUUUGCGCUCUCGUCGGUCCUAGUGGUGCUGGUAAAUCGACCGUCAUCUCGUUGUUAGAACGCAUGUACAGUGUCGAGUCAGGUAGCAUCGAAGUGGAUGGUCUAAAUAUUUCGGCUAAGAAAGAGCCCAUUUUUCGCGACGAUAUUGGUUUAGUGCCACAAGAUAGCGUCCUUUUCGACGGUACCAUCCGGUUUAACAUCGCACUCGGAGCGCGCCCUGGCGAAGAGCCAUCGGACGCAGAUAUCGAAGAAGCAUGCAAGUUGGCCAAUAUCCACGACACUAUCGCUGCUCUACCGGACGGCUACGAGACACAGUGUGGACCUAGCGGUGGGCAACUGUCAGGUGGGCAAAAGCAACGACUCUCUAUUGCAAGAGCUCUUGUACGCAAGCCACGUCUCUUGCUCCUAGACGAGUCAACUAGCGCCUUAGACGCAGAAUCGGAGAGGUUGCUGCAGGACGGACUGGAGAAGGCAACGCGGGGUAUAACAGUCGUGGCCAUCGCGCAUCGACUACAUACAAUCCGCCGUGCCGACGUGAUCUUCAUGAUUGAGGAUGGACAAUGUGUCGAGAGGGGUACACACGAAGAGUUGUUAAUUCGUAGCGAGAGCUAUCGUGUUAAUGUUCUGCAUCAAACUUUGGAUGGUUGAUAACGGGCCGAAAAGGGCUUUCAAUCAUGUCGUAUAUAUAUGGGACUUUUCUUUUUCUAAAAAAAAAAUUAAUGGGAUCUGUUGAGAUCUCUCGGUAAUGGUAUGUUCAUAGAGAGGCUAAGGGGAAAUGGAUUGCAUGGGGAAUACAUAGAAUAGUACGUGUGUACUGCAUAUUGUACAUACAUACACCUGUAAUAAAACGUGUUAUGAUUAUUUAAGAAACGAUUAUGACCAUGAUUAGACUAACUGAAGUUAUCACGAGAGAAUGGCCAGGUCUAUCACCGCUUCGUUUUUGUUUUUGUUUUUGU